AUAAUAGCUUGGCACCCGACACUUAACAAGACCUUUAGACCGAGGGUAAAGUCUUGACCAGUACUUUCAUCAAGGUAAGUUUUCGCACCGAUGUGGUGUCAAGCACCUGUUUUCUGUCGAGAUUGUCUCUCUCAGGCUUUUCUAUACCCUCAAGGCGGUAUAGACCUUUCUCUUUUUCGGCAAGGGCACGGUCCUGCCAUGGGAGGAAUCGCACGCGAUGCAAUUCAGAAUAAGAGACACUGGAAAAUAAAUGAGUUACUCAAUAUGAGCGAUUGUCAAUGAGCAGCAAGCUGUAACAGUCGAUUAGCCAUUGUCGCCAAGAUGUCAGGCGAUUGGAUCAGUAUCGUUGUCCGCGACAGUCGCCGUCACAUCCUUUCGUUUCGCGGCCAAUAACUUUUCAGCGCCAUCUGCCGGCAACGGCAAAAUGUCGACGCAUUUUAAUUAUGUGUCUGUCACCAUGGUUGUUCGCGCUCUAAAUAUAGAGAAAUCAAUGGCUUGAAAUCCUUUUAUUUUUUUGUCACGGCCACUCCGCUCUACCUCACCGAUUCCUUCCUCGUCUUCUGCAGCAGUCCUCCAAAGAAAAUGGUUUCCUGCUGCCUUUGCUUGCCUAGUCACGCGCUCUAUUUUCCCUGCCCAUAGCUAGCCACCGAUGCACGUGUUUGCAUUCGCUUCAACGGUUAUUUGACGAACCCUGGUGCCCGGAGAAAAGUGUCGGAUCAAAAAGGGAUUUCAGGUUCUCUUUCAUUUUCUGUGUGGCUGACGUGGACGAUCAAUCGCCUACAUUCCCAUUACCCGGAGGACUGCCUGCUGCUGUCUGCAGACCCCAUACGCAGACGCAAAGAGUUUUUGGCCAGUGGUGUCACGUGGUUUCAUCUCUAAGAAGCCCGACAGCGUCAGAUAAAAUGUACUUGGUGCAAGCUCUGUUGCAGGAAACAGCCGGUGCCUUGACAGCAUUGAAAAUCUGUCUCGAGAGUUGCAAAGUAACAGCAGAAACGCAUGGCCCAGUCGUUUCCUCACAAGCUGCCAGGUGAACACGUGUACGAUGGCGUGCUGUUCUUCGGGUACAGCCCACCCGAGGUGCUGGACAGAGUCAAGACGUUUCCAGUCAGAGAAGAUGACGUUUUCAUCGUGACUUAUCCCAAAGCGGGAACCACGUGGCUGCAGGAACUUCUGUGGCUGCUGAUGCAUGACGGAGACUUCAAAGGGGCAUCAGAGACGCCUCUGUACCUGAGGUCACCGUUCAUAGAGUUUAAGGAUGACAUCUUGGGCGAGGAUGGCUUUGAACUUGCCAGGGCAAUGGAUUCACCUCGCGUGAUAAAAAGUCAUUUGCAGCAUCGCUUCAUGCCAGACGAACUGGAACACAAAGACUGCAAGGUGGUCGUCCUCUUCCGCAAUCCCAAGGAUGUUCUGACUUCAUAUUUCCACUUCUACCGGUGCUCUUCCUCUUUUGGACAAUUCCGGGGAUCGUGGGCAGAGUUCUUUGACAUGUUUCUUGCUGGACACGUUGACCACGGGUCAUGGUUUGAUUUUACCGAGAGCUGGUGGUCUCAGCGUGACAGGGAGAACGUCAAGAUCUGCUUCUACGAAGAUUUUCAGGAGGACUUGACAUCAGAGCUGUCACGCCUGGCUGAGUUCCUGGGCAAAGGUCAUCUAGCAGCAAACGUGCUUUCGCGCAUCGCUGACCAUUGCAGCUUCAGCAGCAUGAAGAAAAAUCCGAUGACCAAUCAUCUCGACGUUUACUCCAUCAACAGCGACAUUUCCCCUCUUCUCAGAAAAGGACAAGUGGGUGACUGGCGCCGUCACUUCACUGUGGAACAGAGUGAGGUGUUCGACAUGAAGCUCGCCUCCAAGCUCGGCCAUCUCGCCAUUCCGUUCAGAUACGAGCUGCCUCAGCAGCCGAGCGCUCAGCCGUGACGGAAGUCGCCGAACCGCUGCCGGAAAUUGCCGAGGGCCAGAAACAGUCACGUGCACCUCUGUGUACGUGCACGCAGAGACGAUGAGGGCGUGAAUCUAAAAGAGGGAGGGACUGA